AUGGCAUCGCCCUCGUCCCCAGCAGCCGCACUCAAGCUGGUGCUGAAGCUGGUGCUGAUCCACCUCCUGCGCGGCGCCUCCGACCUCGCGUCCGUCGCCACCACGCACGCCAAGCUCGUCAAGGCCGGCGUCGCGUCCCCCCUCGCCUCCUGCAACCAUCUCCUCGCGGCCUACUGCAGCUGUGGCGCGAUGGGCCGCGCUCGCGACCUGUUCGACGGAAUAAGGGACCGGGACGUCGUCUCCUGGACGAAGCUCAUGUCCGGGUACGCCGCCGCCGCCGCCCGGCCCCGGUACGCCAUGUCCCUCCUCCGCGCCAUGGGCUCCAGCGGCGUGCGGCCUAACGCGGUCACCUUCUCGACGGCCGCCUGCGCCUGCGCGCGCCUCGCGGACGCGGGGCUCGGACGGCAGGUGCACGCCCGAGCGGAGGUUGCCGGGUGCGUGCGCGACACCGUCGUCGCCACUGCGCUCCUCGACAUGUACGGCAAGGCCGGCGGCGUCGAGGACGCGCGCGCGGUGUUCGACGCCAUGGCCGCGCCGGCGAGGAACGCCGUGUCUUGGGGCGCCAUGCUGGCCGUGUACGCGCAGAACGCGCUCGGGGACGAGGCGAUCCGGCUCUUCGCCGACCUCAGGACGCGUGGCGGCGGCGUGGCGCCCAACCACUUCAUGCUGGCGAGCGUCGUGAGCGCGUACGCGGGCAUGGCGCGUCUGGGUAUCGGCAGGUGCGUCCAUGGCGCUGUCCUUCGGCUUGGGUAUGGAAACAAUGACGUGAUUUCAGUGUCUCUGGUUGACAUGUACUCCAAGUGCGGGUGCUACGAGUAUUCAAGGAAGGUGUUCGACAGGAUCAAACAGCCGUCGGUCGUCACUUACACCUCCAUCAUCCUUGCCGCAGCAAAGUACGGCCGCUGGAGAUGCGCACUAACUUUGUUUGACGAGAUGUUAGACCAAGGUGUGCAGCCAAAUGAUGUCACUCUGCUUGGUGUCAUGCAUGCUUGCAGCCAUUCUGGUCUUGUUGACACCGGCCUUCAGCUCCUCCGCUCUAUGCAGAGCAAAUACGGCGUUGCUCCAUGCCCCAGCCACUACACAUCUGCGGUUGACAUGCUCGGCCGGGCAGGGCGGCUCGAGGCGGCAUUUGAGCUGGCACAGCUUGAAGGCAACGAUGCCCUCUUGCUGUGGAAUUCCUUGCUGUCAGCUUGCCGGACACAUAAGCGCCUAGACCUAGCAACCAUGGCUGGUCAAAUGGGUCUAUCAAGGGCAAACCUGCUGAUUAAAUAA